UCUCAGUGGUGGAAAUGUUGGAGUUGGGGAGGGUCGACUUUGAGGUGACAUUGACGCUAUGUAGAUGAGAGUGAGGAUCCUGCGCUCCAUGUUACGUCCCUGCUCGCUUCAACUCAGACGGCGGCAGCUCAUUUCCCCGUCUUCUCUCCCCUCCUCUCUUUCAGCACCACUCCUUUCAGGACAGCACCUCACUCUUAAAGACGCAUUUGUCCACCAUCCUCACCCCUCAGGAUCGUAUAUUUGCUCGCUUUCAUCGGAUGCAAAGUUUUCACCUUGGUUUGAUUCUUAAAGUGCAAGGAAGUAACUUUUCUUAAAAUCCGGAUUUCUCCAUCGGGAAAAUAAUAAAUUAGGAUUGUAUUGGUCUCUGGACCUCUACUAAGCUAGCCCUGCGUCUGCUCUUGAUCCCUCUCAUCACCCCGAUUAUUCGUCUCCACUCGGCUGUUAUCUGGGAGCUGGGUUUACAGGACGGAGAAGCUGCCGUCUGCCCGGACCGGUGCUGAAACUUCCUCUCCACUGGUCAGGACUAUCCGACAAGCACAGUGACCAUGGCCACCAACGGGACCAAAGCCUCAGACGGACACGUCUUAACGGAGACGGUGAACGACGCGCCCACCACCACGCCAAACGACAAACCCAAAACGUUGGUGGUGAAAGUGCAGAAGACGAAAAAUGAGCUACCCGAGAGAGAAACGUGGGGUGGAAAAUUUGACUUUCUUCUGUCUUGUGUCGGAUACGCAAUUGGACUCGGAAAUGUGUGGAGAUUUCCUUAUUUAUGUGGCAAAAACGGAGGAGGGGCCUUCUUGAUUCCCUACUUUUUGACCCUCAUAUUUGCUGGCAUGCCCCUGUUCUUUCUGGAGACGGCUCUUGGUCAGUACACUUCUAUUGGAGGGCUUGGAGUGUGGAAGCUGGCCCCCAUGUUCAAAGGUGUGGGUCUGGCUGCUGCUGUUCUGUCCUUCUGGCUAAAUAUCUAUUACAUUGUAAUCAUUUCCUGGGCUAUUUACUAUCUGUACAACUCCUUCACUGCUGAUCUCCCAUGGCAGAGUUGUGGCAAUCCCUGGAACACAGACCGCUGCUACACCAACUACAGCAUCCCAGACACCAGAAACCUCACCAGUGCAGUGCAGGAGUUUUGGGAACGUAACAUGCACCAGCUGACCGAUGGUCUGGAGAAGCCUGGGGAGGUCAGGGUCCCACUGGCUAUUACACUAGCCAUUGCAUGGGUGCUCGUCUAUUUCUGUAUCUGGAAGGGGGUCAGCUGGACUGGCAAAGUGGUGUACUUCUCAGCCACAUACCCUUACUUCAUGUUGUUCAUCCUGUUUUGCCGUGGCGUCACUCUACCUGGUGCAAUUGAUGGAAUCCUCUUCUAUAUCACACCAGACUUUGACAAACUUAAGCAGUCUGAGGUGUGGCUGGAUGCUGCCACUCAGAUCUUCUUUUCCUACGGGCUGGGAUUAGGCUCUCUGAUUGCUCUUGGCAGCUACAAUCCUUUCAAAAACAACGUAUACAGAGAUUCUGUCAUUGUCUGCUGCAUCAACUCCUUCACAAGCAUGUUCGCUGGCUUUGUCAUCUUCUCCAUCGUGGGAUUCAUGGCCAAUGUAACAAAGAGACCAAUCGCUGAUGUGGCAGCCUCAGGACCUGGCCUGGCAUUUUUGGCUUAUCCUGAGGCUGUCACCCAGCUGCCCAUCUCUCCUCUCUGGGCCAUUCUUUUUUUCUCCAUGCUGCUGAUGCUGGGAAUUGACAGCCAGUUCUGCACUGUGGAAGGCUUCAUCACUGCACUGGUUGAUGAAUUCCCUCAUAUUCUCCGAAAACGCAGAGAGAUCUUUAUCGCAAUCGUCUGCCUUGUUUCUUACAUCAUUGGACUGUCCAAUAUCACACAGGGUGGACUGUACGUGUUUAAGCUAUUCGACUACUACUCAGCUAGUGGAAUGUGCCUGCUUUUCCUGGUCUUCUUUGAGUGCAUCUCAAUUUCAUGGUUUUAUGGUGUGAACAAAUUCUAUGACAACAUUGAGGAAAUGAUUGGCUACAGGCCCUGUAUGUGGUGGAAGGCCUGCUGGGUCGUUUUCACGCCGCUCAUCGUGGCUGGAGUCUUCUUGUUUAGUGCAGUGCAGAUGGUUCCCCUCACCAUGGGUGACUAUGUGUUCCCAGCCUGGGGCCAGGGGGUUGGCUGGUGCAUGGCCCUCUCCUCAAUGACCCUCAUCCCUGGCUACAUGGGCUACAUGUUCCUCACACUCAAAGGCACAUACAAAGAGCGUCUGCGGAUGAUGAUCAAGCCUUUGAAACUGGUGAAGGCUCAGGAAAAUGGCCCAGACCAGCAGACAGAAAACCAGAGUCAGAACCCUGCCAACGAGGAAGCCUACAUCUAGAAACUUCUGCCUGUCUCUCUGUCUCGACAGCCAGACAGGAGAUCUACACAGAAGAAACGUAAUCAAGGUUGGGAACGACCACCAGACUUCCAUGUCUGCUUUUAUUCACCUACCUCCUGGGGACACGUGAGACCAACCUGAUUACAGUUAUUUUUAGGGGUUUUUCUGUUUGUUUAUUUGUAUAAUACAGAGUUAUAAAACAUAUGAGGAAAAACAAACUACCCAGCAAAAUUGUUGUGAUAUUAUGAAUUUCAUUAUGCAAAAAAGUUAGUCUUCUUAGAAAAGGAAAUGUGACUUAGGAAAUUACUGUAUAUUGAAUAUAUAAUUUAAAUUUGGAGGCCCGCGUUGAUUCAAUAGUAUUGUGCUACUUUGAAGAUAUUAAUCUAUUAAACUACAAUUACUGUACAAAGAAAAAUAUUGGUUAAAUGCAUUUUGCUUGUACAUGAAAUAAAUACAUUAAAAUGAAUGCAGUGUAGUAGGUGAAAAAAAAGCAAUUUGAAAGUUUGUAAAGUGAAAAUUGAAUAUUGACCAAUUUAAGGCAAAGACAAUAUGGGAAUGUGCAACAGGUAAGGCCAAAUCUGCUUGUAUGUGUAAAAUAUAAUUUAGCCAGACUAUCACUCCCGUGCAAGACCCUGCAGUUCGCCUGAAAUGUUUACCCACCCAUGUCUGGGGCUACCUUUGAAAAGCACAAGGAUAGUAUGGAAACUUCUUUUUGGCUCGAUUGAAACUUGUGACAACAGCAAAAACAACUUACAUAGGAUACAUAGCAAGAGACUGUUAUAAUUGUUUCUUUGUUUUCUAAAGAACAAUAACUUUGUAUGUUGUCUGAAUCUUUUUUGUAGAAUCAUUUUUAGGUCAUUUUCUAUAUGUGAGAGUGAGAAGGACCAAAAUCAUACUCAAGUUUGAAAGAUUGGUGCAGACAUUUGACUUGCUGACUAUAUAUGGUUUAAAUCAAACAUCCCUUUUGUCUCUUUGAAGAGCAACAGGGUACAGUAGGUAAAGUAAAGACAGCAUCCGCCUACAAGCACAAUUUGGAUCUGUAAACUACCACCUCUAACAAUAGGUGUAGCCAAUACAGAAAUCUCACAUUUGCACUGUGCAUACUAUUUCUGCCUGAAAUUAUUUGGAAAAUGUAGGUUUUCCUUUUCCUGAUAACCAGUUAAGUAGGAAGACAUUGUGUUGCAGUAAGCCAAUGCUAAUUCUUUUUAUUAAAUCUAUAUAUUAAACUGUGAGAACGAAUAAGCUACAGUGGCUGCUGCAUUGGAGACUGUAUGAUGGAUUUAUUUGAUAGCCACCACUAUUCUGACUGGAACCGUUUACUUGUAUAUCUAUUUAGUAACCCACUUCUCAGGAACAAAGGUGGACGUGACCAAAUUCUCUCAGAUACUACCAUUAUACACUGAAACAAUGAAUGCUGUAUUUAAAAAACAAAAACACACCUAUUAUUAAAUAUCUGACUGUUUCUCCCAUUAAUCCAACAUACCUUAAGAAGCAGCAAAACAUGAAUACACAAAUUAGUAAGAAAACCUAAAAUACACACACACA